AUGUGGGCUGAGCCGAACAUUCCGCCUCUCAAUGUCCCCGGUGCCGCAGUGCCGGCUUUCCAGAUGGCGCCCGUGGCUCCUUUCACUCCGAUGGAGCAACUUCCCCCUCCCCCGCCACUCAACCCGCCCACGGCUUUCGGCACGCCGAUUGCUUUCCCCCAAAUAACAGUCCCCUUACAUGCGCACCCGGUGCCUCACGGGCACCCCCAUCUGCCGCCUGGCCCUCCCCUUGUUCCCCCCCCUGCCAUGAUGGAGCAACCACCGCCACCUCCGCCUCCCAUCUUUGCGGCCCAAGCCUCACGCGCUCCUUUGACAGAUGCUGAGGUGAAAGCAGCAGCCUCGGCUGCCCUCAGCAAGUUCAUGAAGGACAUCCCUGAGAAGGUCCGCAGCGGCAGUCGAAGUCGCAGCCGUAAACGGAGCGGGAGCUCCAGUCACAGAAGCCGGAGUAAGAGGCGAAGCUCCAGUCGCAGCCGCAGCAGGCGGAAGAGCCGUGGACGGAAACGGAGUAAGUCCAGGUCCCGGCGGAAGAAGCGAAGCCGCAGCCGCGAGAAGAGCCGCGGCCGGAGCUCUCUCGUGGAGCCACCGCCGGUUCCCGGCGCGCCGAGCGCCAGCGUGGGCAGCGUGCCCGGCGGAGCGCCGGGUGCGUCAGCAGAGAAGCGGAGCAAGUGGGACGAGGCCACAAGUGGCUCAAGCAGUGCCAAUGCCCCUGCAUGGAUGCAGGACAUGAUGCAGGUGCUCAAGUCAUCCGAUGCCCCAAAAGCGGCUGCAACCGCCCCGACCGGAGCUCCCAAGCACAAGAACGACCCAAAUGCACCCAAGGGGCACAAGGUCAUCGAGCUACCGGCGCACCUGAUCCGUGUCCUCAUUGGGAAGGCUGGCUCGACCAUCCGCGAGGUCUGCAGCCGCUCCGGAUGCGACAUCAAGGUGAAUCACUUGCCUCAUGAACCCCAGGGAAGCAUCUCGGUGGUGGGAGACAUCGAAAGAGCGGAAGCGGUGAUUCAAGACAUCUUCCGGGCGAGAGGCUGCAAGUGGACCCCGACUGGUGCGCUUGCAGAGCAAAGUGAGGAGGACGUGAAAAUUCCAGCAGAUCUGGUCGGGCUCUUCAUUGGGAAGGGCGGCGAGACCAUCAAGGAUCUCCGCGAGAGGUGUGGCGGCCAGGUGUCCAUCACCAUACAGCCAUCUGCAACUCCUGGUGGUAUGCAAGGUGUCCGUGUGGUGGGCGACAACUGGAAGUUGGCGAAAGCCUUGGUGCGAGCCAAGAUCGAA